CAACCCUCGCGGGACAUUUCAUUCUGCACCGCGAGUCGGGAAAAAGCCGCGAAAGUUUCUUCUACAACACGCACGCUGACUCUCUCCCUAUCUCCGUCUCUGUAAAAAGUGGCGGGUGAAAUUUGAUUGAUCGAUUUUUGUUCUUGUUCUUGUUCUUCUUCUUCCUUCUGUGAAUUCAUCGUUCCAAUUUGAUCGGUUGACUUGAUUUUAAGGGGUUUCUUCCGUCGCCCAGAUCCUAAUCCUUGCAAGAAUCUGCAAUCGGACAGGUUGAUUGGUAAAAGGCGGCUUUUUAUGGGGGAAGAAGUUCCUGAAUUUCUUCUUUCUAAAACUGAAAAAUUUCCACCUAUGGUUCAUGAUUCAGAAUCAAAGGUGUAUGAGACCUUCACAAUCAUUGCUGAUAAAAUAUAUUCAAUUGGUGGAUCUGAAGCCAUUUCUAAUUUUUCAAUCAAUGUCAAGGUUUUUGAUAAGCCAACAGGCACAUGGUUGGAGCCUGUUGUGUUAGGCACAAAACCGGUUGCAAGGAAUGGGUAUUCAUCUUUUCUUAUAGAUAAUGAGCGGGCAUUAAUACUUCUGAAGGAAUCUUCCCAUGAUAAUAGCAUCUGGUUCCUUGAGGUAGACACUCCUUUUGUUAAACAGAAAAGAAAGCAGCUUGGUGCUGAGGUAGUGGCAUGGAGUAAGGGCUUAUUAGGCCAUGGAUCAAAGCCUAUUGUGAUCAGCGGCCCCUCCGGAGUUGGCAAAGGCACUUUAAUAGCAAAGCUAAUGAAAGAAUUUCCCUCAACCUUCGGGUUCUCCGUAAGCCACACGACUAGAGCUCCGAGGGAACAUGAGUUGAAUGGUGUUCAUUACCAUUUCACCGAGCGGAGCAAGAUGGAGAAAGACAUACAGGAUGGGAAGUUCCUUGAAUCCGCAUUGGUUCAUGGAAACCUUUAUGGAACGAGCAUAGAGGCAGUUGAAGCUGUUUCUGAUGUUGGGAAGAGAUGCAUUCUUGAUAUUGAUGUUCAAGGUGCAAGGUCUGUGAGAGCUAGCCCACUUGAAGCAACAUUUAUCUUCGUUCGCCCUCCAUCAUUUGAAGAGCUCGAGAAACGACUUCGUGCACGUGGCACAGAGGCGGAAGAACAGAUCCAAAAAAGAUUAACAAACGCCCGAGCCGAGCUCGAGCAAGCGGAGUCCAACGGCCUGUUUGAUCACCUAUUGAUAAAUGACGAGCUCGAAUCGUGCUAUCAAAACCUGAAGAAACUACUUGCUUUGGAUGAAACAGACAGAGAACCAUCCCAACCUUCUAUGAAGAGUUUCAUGGUUCCAUUCUCCCACUCAACAUCCAAAGCAGACAAGAAGGUUAUAAUUCACUGUGGAAUUAAUGGAAUGAGUGCUUCUUCUUCUUCAACCAAGCUCAUUCUUGAUUGGGCCUUGCUUAAAGGAGGAGCACCUGGCAGGACCAGAGGCCUGAAUUUGUAUACCACAAAUUUAUGAUAAACUCCUUUAUUAUUUUUAUAUUUUCUUUUAAACUCUUCUUUGAGCAUUUCUUGCUGGUUAAUUUGUAAUGUUUCUUUACAAUUACACCCUCUUUCAUCCAUUUUUCAAAUUCACUUAAAUACCAAAAUUCAUGCUAAAAC